GGCCCUUAAAACCUGGUAAACAACAGCCCCCCAGAAACAUCUCGGUUCAGCGCACAAAAUUUUGUCACUUGUUAAUAAGCAAACUGUACAUUUCCUGGAGGUGCGAGACAUACUACAAGUGUCCUGAAGAAGACACAGGUUGUGUAGUGUUCACCUGACACAUAAUUCAUCGUGAAGUGUCAUCAAGAAGACAUUAGUGAUGCCAUACGCCAACCAACCUUCCCUCAACCUCAUGGAACUCUCAGAGGAGAACAUUAAAUUUUUUAUAGAAGACACAGACCUAAGCGUGGCUAACAGUAUUCGUCGAAUCUUUAUGGCGGAAACCCCCACCAUUGCAAUUGAUUGGAUACAACUUGAGGAGAAUUCUACUGUCCUGAGUGAUGAGUUCAUUGCGCAUCGCAUUGGUCUCAUUCCUUUCACGUCUGAUGAACGUAUUGAACAGAUGCAGUACUCAAGGGACUGCUCAUGCACCGACUACUGCCCAGAAUGUUCGGUGGAGUUUACACUGGAUGUAAAAUGUCAGGAUGACCACACACGACAGAUCACCACUGCAGAUCUUAAGUCCUCGGAUGCUAGAGUUAUACCAGUCACCUCACGUCACCGUGAAGACGAAGCCAGUGAAUAUGGAGAAUCUGAUGAUAUCCUUAUAGUUAAACUUCGCAAGGGUCAGUCAUUGAGACUCCGAGCAUAUGCCGUUAAAGGAUUUGGCAAGGAGCAUGCCAAGUGGAACCCCACAUGCAGUGUAGCUUUUGAGUAUGACCCAGACAAUGCUCAGAGGCACACACUUCUCCCAAAACCAGAAGAGUGGCCCAAGAGUGAAUACUCAACUCUAGAUGAAAAUACACCCCAGGCAGAGUUUGACCCAACAGCCAAACCUAACAAGUUCUAUUACAAUGUAGAGAGUGCAGGAGCUCUCAAACCUGAGAAUAUCAUUCUCAUGGGCAUUGCAGCUCUGAAGAAAAAGCUCUCUGAUUUGCAGAACCAGUUAAGCAUGGAAGCCCAGUCAGAUGCACUGGCUAUCAACUGAAUAUCCAUUCUCACCUGUAACUGGAGGUUAAGUCAGAUACCCUGGCCAUCAACUGAACGUUUCAUCAUACUUGGCUGGAGUCUCUCUGAUGCACUCGCACACCCAGCCAUUGAUUCUUUCAUACCUACAUAAUUUUAGAAAACUUGUUUGAGUAUUUGCUUUAAGUAUUUUCUGGUUUAGGUGUCCAAGGAAUAAUUGGUAGUUAUGGAAUAUGAUACAAGUGUUUCUUCAUGUAUGAUUUUUUUAUUUUAUUUUCAGUUGUCCAUCAAAUGUAAUAACACUGGUACUUGCUGUAUAAGGCAAAUAAUGUAUAUACUGUACAAAAAAUUAGAAAUCAUUCAGGUGUAUGGUUGUAAUGGGUUAAUUACAGAUAAGUAAGUGCAGUUUUGUGGGCGAGGGGCUUGGACUUCCAGCAAGCGUGCAUGAGCAUGUUAGAUAGGAGUGAAUGGAGGCGAAUGAUACUUGGGACCUGACGAUCUGUUGGAGUGUGAGCAGGGUAAUAUUUAGUGAAGGGAUUCAGGGAAACCGGUUAUGUUCAUAUAGUCGGACUUGAGUCCUGGAAAUGGGAAGUACAAUGCCUGCACUUUAAAGGAGUGGUUUGGGAUAUUGGCAGUUUGGAGGGAUAUGUUGUGUAUCUUUAUAUGUAUAUGCUUCUAAACUGUAGUAUUCUGAGCACCUCUGCAAAAACAGUGAUAAUGUGUGAGUGAGGUGAAAGUGUUGAAUGAUGAUGAAAGUAUUUUCUUUUUGGGGAUUUUCUUUCUUUUUUGGGUCACCCUGCCUCGGUGGGAGACGGCCAACUUGUUGAAAAAAAAAAAAAAGUGCAGUUUUAAACCAAAAUAUAUUUAUUAAUUAAAAAUAACAUUAAUAAGCUAACAAAAGCCUUUACAUUAAAUUCUUGUGGAAGCCAUUGCGUAUACAGUGUUUCAAAUGUUUUGUGAAACUAAAGUAAAAUACAGUACUUAAGUAUGACAUAAGAGGUUUAAUAUUAUUGUUAACAUUGGCAAAAUAAGAUGUUAAUGUAGAAACUGACAUUAAUGGUGUGCAAAAAAUGAAACAUUAAAAAAUAUCCAAUUUUGUAUCAUUUGAUAUCCUCCUAUUAAAUGUUGAUUUUUGAAUAUGACAUAUACAAUCAUCUGUUAUUUAUUUUUUCUAAGAUAGUAAUACAGUGUUAGUAAGAAGAUAUCAAGUUACAACAGUAUUUUUGCAGUGUGCAAUGAAAUUAAAAAUUAUUAGGUACAGGUAUUUGAAUACAGUACAGAUCUAAAACAGAAAUAGGGAAGGACCUUCAGAAUGGGAUUCUAUAAUAGUAAUUUUACAAAGCCUUAAAUUUGCUUAUAUUAGUGACUAAAUACUGUAUAUUAAUGCACAAUACUGUAUGUUGAUGACAAGUACCUGAGAAUGCUGCUUGUUUUUGCUUCAAUUUAAUGCACUUGUACGUACAUAUGAAUAGCUUCUGGUGUAUAUACAGCUAAAAUACCUGGAAAAAAGUUCUGUGGUUGGCUGUCAUAAACAGUUUAUACAAUGAUGUAAGCUGUAUGUAAUAUCACCAAUCACUGAGAUGUAUCAGAAAGAUACUGGCAUUUAUAAUAAAACACUUAAAAAUAA